AGCUUAAACAGUUAAACUACAUACCAUCGAGGUUAAUAAUCUUUUGACAUAUACUCUUUAAUAUAAUUGUCUUUAAUUACUAUUUUCGCGAAGUAAUGCAAUGUAUUUUUAAGAUUUGGGAUUACUAUCAACGGUUCUGGUUGAAUAAGAAUGAGACCCACUUCACAAUGGACGUUGAAACAGAACUUCCAAUAGAAAGUGAUUUGAAUGAGGCAAGAAAAAAUGAAGAUAUAAAAAAACCAGUGGAUAUGGAAAAAUCCAAAGAGCGCAAAUCAAAUGUUAAACCAAAACGAAGCAGUCGAUCAAGGACUCCCCAAAAGAAAAUAGAAGAGUCGAAGGUUUUACAAAUUCCUUUAAAAAAAUUAGAUGGAGAACUUAAUGGACAUGAAGAAAAGAUUCUCAAAGCUAUAGAAGAAAAACAAGAAGAUAACAAAUGUGAAGACGAAAAGGUAGAAACUAUAAAAGAACUUUCAGAAACAAAUGGUUCAGUUCCUGAACCGAAUAAAACAGAUUCAGCUAACAAUACAUUAAAAGAAGAAACAGAUAAGCAAACAGAAAAUAACGUCAGUGGAGCAAAUGAAAAAGCCCAAGAAAAUGGCAAAGAAGAACUAAAUGAAGAAAAUAUUGUCAAGGAUAAAGAAGUUGCAGAAAAUGAAGAAUCUCCUAAAAAGAAUGGUAAAGAAGAAUUGAAAACCUCGGAGCGAGAUUCAGUUGAAAUGGAACCACUGGUAGUGAGUGAUGAAGUUGAAUCUGAAUUGCAAUUUCUAGAAGAAAAUUCCGAUAAAGAAUCUGGAAAAGGUUCACCUAUUAUUCAUAGAUGUGCUACUAGACGGUCCUACACUCGCAAUAUUCCUACACCAAAAACACCAAAAUUAACUGAAGAUCCCGAUUCUGAAAAAAAUUAUCAAACUGAAGAAAAUGUAUGUUACUUGCCAAAUGAUAUACCAAAGACAGGAUCAAACGAGACUGAAGAUUCAUUAGAUAUUGCCAAUAUGUCCACAGCUGUAGAAGUGGGAAGUGAUACUACUCUUGUAACAUUCGCAGAAGCAAACGAUUCUAUUCCUCCUUUAGAUGAGUCUUACUUACAGCGACUUAGGGAAAGAGGUCUAAUGGCAAGACGACCUCUACGUGCAACUGAGGAUUAUCGAACGAGGGUUUUAAGAAAUGCACAAUCUAGAUCCGAUCUAAACUUUUCCUACGAUUCAGUAGAAAAAGUGAACACAGGUAUCAAACGCAAAAGUCGCAGUACGACGCCGGAGGAAACUAAAAAAUUUAAAUCGGAAUCUCCUGGUUAUAGAAACUUCUUCAGUAGCCCCAUCACCAAUUUAAAGAAAAAAUUUCGACCCGACGAGAGGUCUAGCACGCCAGAGUUGUUAGGUUAUAAGGACGAAAAAAGAAAUAUACAUUUUAACGAUGAUUUUGAUGAUCACCAGAUACAGGAGACUGGAGAUGAUGAAAAGAAACAUUGGUGUUCAAUUAUGUAAUUAGUAAUGAAUCUGGUAGGAUAAGAUCUGAUUUUUAUAAUUUUUCUAUAAUCUAAUUUUUAUUGUUGGUGGUUUUAUCUGCGAGUCGAACAACUUAUAGAAAACUAAGUUGAAAUUAUUGUAAUGAAAGCGAUUAGGUUUCUUUAAAAGGGAAAUGUUUUUAUUAUUAAUUGUAAUUCAGUAUUUCUCUAAUUAGGUGCAUAUUUUUCAAUUUUGAAAUUUUCGGCUUUCACUUUCGAAAAUUGUUGAUAACUAUUUCAGUGGACUGUAUUUAAGGUUUAAAAAUAUUGUUCGUUAAUUUUUAUAUUUGAUUAUUGGAGACGGGAGAUAUGAAAGCACCACUAAAUUUUGUGUACUUUACAACCACUCUUUUUUCUAUGUUAUUUUUGGUCUUUCACUGUAACAUUCAUACUUUGAAACCUUUUAUGAGGGUGGUUAAAAUAUAAACUGGGAUUUUUAUAUAAAAAAUUUCAUUAUUAAGUUAUAGAGCUGAUUUUUUUUCACAGUUCUUCUGUCACACUUUACAUAAUUUUGCCACCUCUUCGGAAGCUUUUGGUUGCCUUUUUCGUAAAAAUAUCUCUACUUGUCAGGUAACCAUUCUAUCAGGAUUCUACAUCCGCAUAGCUUUCGAAUCAUAGUCAGCCAAAUAAAUAAUAACCUAAUGGCGACAAAUCGGAACUAUAAGAAGGGUACUACGAGCUCCCAACUCAAUUCGCGGAGACACGUAAACUUCCCAGAGUGUGAAUUUCUGCUCGAUAUUCAGAAGUCUUGGUUUAGAAAUUUUGCGAUUCAUGAAUUAUUUGCUCAAUACUACCUAAACUGAUGCCCAAUUAUUUUACCAUAUCGCGUACAGUACUGCGUUUUGGCUUUCCAAAAUGAAGUCCUCAUCAGUAACUCUUGUUCUAGUGCGCCGCGCAUGUGGCAAGUUUGCCAUCACUUCUAGGUCUUUUCGGAACACUUGAGUGUAGAAGAGGCAUUCAUCCUCGAAUUGUUAGAUCGAUAAAUUUCCGCGGAUUCAACAUUAUCUUUGAUCAAAAAACGAAUAAUGAUGUGGGUACAACCCUCUCGCUACGUUUCGUAAUAGACCAGUCUAACAUCGCGUGCAGCCACUUUGACGAUACUGAAUUUUCCAAGUGUUUAAUCAAAAAUUCCGGUUUAUAUUUGAACCAACCUCGUAUUUAGUUAUAAAUCUAAAUAGUUUUAUAUUUUCAGGUAGAUCAUCUAGACAAGAUUACUAUUAUCUUUCAGUUAAGACUUGCGUUACAUAUAGAGAUAAUUUAACUGUCAAUUCGACCUGCAUGUAUUUUUUAUUACUCUUACUUUUAUCACUGUUUAUAAAAUAGAUUUAUUUAAAUACUUAAUUGUUAAAUGACAAGAUAUUUUUUUUUGGUUUUAGACAGAUAUGGGAAAAUACUUUUUGAGUGUUAGUUUAUAUUUUUAAAUUCUUUUAUGUCUUAGUGUCAAACAAAACAUUCUUUUUGAGCCAAAAAUACAUUUCAAUUAUUUUGGAAUCACUGCAAUAACUCAUCGUAAACUACUAUUCAGAUAGGACUCAAAUAUUUUCCUCUAACAAACAGAUUUAGUGCUCAAACGGUUUGGUUGGUUUGUUGAAACAUUUUAAUCUAGUGUACAUAAAAAAAUACCCGUUUCACCCAAACAUAGAAAAAAAUAGAUGAAAUAUUCUUUCAACUUUUAAAUUCCGGUGCUUAUAAAAUUAACGUUGAUGUCGAUGCGGGCUCCCUUAACCCAUGAGAGCCCGAAUAUUGUUUUUACUUUCUGUCAACUUUCAUCCAUCAACUGCCAAUCUUUAUUUUUUUUUAAUAUUUUAAAUUUUUCACAAAAAAAGUUAAUACAAAGGUUUAAAAAAUUCUUUAAAAUGUUAUAGAAUCGAAGAAUAAAAAAUCAAUACUAUUGUAAUAUAAAAAUCAUUUAUGCAAUUUUUGCAUAAAAUCCACAUGUAUUCCAACAUUACACUUUUGGCACUGUUUUCUUGCCUUUUAUCUUCAUUUUCUUUGUUUGCCACUUUGUACAUGGGCAUGACUUUCUGCGUAAGAAAAAACUUACCUUCGUGUUUUAUAACCUAGGUAAUGCCAUUCCGACUCGAGAUAGUAAAUUCGAGAUCCCGCGGGAAAGAAAAUAAAAAUCUUUGUAUUCUGCAACUAAAUAAUUAGGUAAGAGUUUUUUUUAAUAGAAUAGAAAUUAUUUAUUCAGUACUGCGCGCACAGGUCACAGAUACAAAUUCACAUAAUCAAAACAAAAAGGAGAUCAGUAAAUAGUUACGGGUAUGAGUGAUUUUGAAAAUAACUUCUUAAAAAACAAAGUGUAUCAAGGCCAGCAUCUGCUAAACGGCAUCGUAUGUCCUUUGUAAUGUACCCAGCUGCUGAGAAAGCCCUCUCUGACUCAAGACUGGUUAGCAACAGUGUGAUUAAGCAAUUAUAUGCAAACUGCAAAAAUCUCCCCUUUAUUCCUCAACACUCAAAUAAAUCCAUUCAUUUUUUUAUUACCGCCUCUAAAUUAUCCAAACUCGUAGAUUAUGUGUAACAGGAUUUUUAGACGCUCUCAGAGUUUCUUUUAAUUCCUUUUGAAGUGAUGCUGAUGAUGUAUUAGCUUGUGUAGCAGUAGCUGCAAUCAGCAAAACAGGCAAGUCAUCUUCGUUUAAUAAUACUGUCGUAUUAAUCUCUACUUGUUCUGGUUCUUUACGAUACAACCGUGUGAAUAUAUUUUCAAUUUCUUUCCUUAUGAGAUAUUUGCUUGUCUUUCCAUUGCUCAAAGUCAUCUUAAUAAUUAUUCGGAUUUUUCAAAUAUAAAAGCGUUGCACUUGCUUUUAUGAGACGCUCGGAGAUACGAUUGUUCAUCGAAGAGACCAACUGUAAGAAAUGUAUGUUCUGCACUUACUAAAUCAGUAUCUCGAAACAACAACAAUCAACAGCUGAUUCCACUGGCUGAAAUGUAUUUUCCAAAUCGAUAAGGACAGCGUUUUCUUCAUCCGCGAAAAAAUACUCCCGUGAGAUCGAGAUUGCAUUCCCACCUAUUAUAACCUCGACACGUUUUUCGUUUUCGUGAAUCAUGUGCGACUGACAGCUGCGCGUGGGGGUAGUCGCGUAUGCGGUUCACACAAAUUACAAGUAACAUUAUUUUUAUUGGUCUUUUUAACCCGACAUUAUAUACUAAACAAAUCGAAACAGAGUGUUAGAAAUAAAACUACAGGCUGUCAAACAAAAAAAAACGAAUGAAAUUCUGGCUAGUAACAAAAAAGUUUGAGUGUGUUCCAUUAGUACAAUUUUUGCAAUAGAUGACUGCAUUCUCGAGGAACACGCUUCACAAACAUAUCUAGUUUUUCUGUCACGUGAACGUGGGCAUUCAGAGCAUCUUCCCUGUUGAUUAGGCCUUGUCUUUUUGGUAGGUGGCUUCGGAUUUUUACCCAAAAUUUUUCUGAUAUUGCCGCGUAAAUCGAGAAUAAGCCUGGGGUUAGACAGUAUUUGUCUCUGAUGGUCUUUGAUUAAUUCCAUACCUAAUGUUUUUAAAAAUAUUCUUAUUGGUAUUUUUUGUCCAUUGUUAUUUUUCCAGUGUAUAAUUAUGCUGUUAAUCCCCGCAAUAUUCACUAAUGAAAAAAAACUUGUUAAUGGCCAUCUGCGGCUACUGCGAGAUACAUUAUAAGAUUUCGACAAUUCGUCCACGACAUCCACUCUACAUUUAUUUAAAUUAUAAAAAGAGAUUAUUUCUGGAAGUUUCUUUUCAGAAUUAUUGUCUACUGAAUCGUCAUGAUGAAGUGAUGACAUUAGUAACACAACUUUGUCCUUUUUAGAGACAUACGAAACAAUAGUGUAGGAAACCAAAUGUACUGGAGUGUAUUUCUCUGUCUUUUACUUGCACGAACUGGGUUGGCAGAUCUGGCUUAUUUUUUCUUAUGGUUCCUGCAGCAGUUAACUUGUGACGUUCACGUAGAUUGACCAAGAGAUAAUAACUGGUGUACCAAUUAUCGAACGUGAUGUUCCUGACACUGGAGUAACCAGUCGAUCUACUAUAUCUCUCGGACGUUUGCUUAUAUUGAAGGGGCCAUCAGGUUGCUUCUCUACAUAAACCUCUAUCUUCAAAACAUAGUAUGUGCGCGCAUCCAUCAGGGUAUGUACUUUGAUGCCAUAUUUUGUCGGCUUGUUUGGCAUAUACUGUCGGAAGGAGCACCUAUGGCGAAAUGAUUCUAAUUCUUCGACAACAGUUAGAUACUCAGAAGGUGAAUAAGCAGCCUGACAGUUUUCGACAAAAGGGCAAAAAACAUUGAAGCGGAGUUUUGGCAUUUCUUCCAUAUUGUUUAACUCCUGGCAGGUGGGUAAUAAUAUUUUCGGACCUGGUUCUUACGUUAUAUUUCUUACACCAUGUCAUUAUAUUUUUUCUAUAAAAAUUAUGGAUUUCAACCGGGUCUGCGACAUUUUGUUGGCCGUCGAUCUCCUGCAUUUCUGGGUUUUCUUCUUCGGCAUCUUGUUCUAAGUCAGGGUAAUCACUACACACGCUGACAUUGUCUAUUUCGUCGUCUUCUUCGGAAUCAUCCUCAUUAAUAAAGUUUUCGUCAUUUUCUGCAUUUUGCCAUAGUUUUUGGAGACGUCUCUGCUCUUCUUCGUAAUCUCCCAUCAAUACACGAGCUAAUACAAGCGAUAAUUCACAAAUAAUUACCAUAGUUGAUAAAAAUAAAGAACCUAUCUGUAGAAACGAUGUCAUAAAAAGAAAACAAAUCUGCUCAAAAAAAGUUCCUAGUUUAGGCAGGUGGGGAGUGAGAAACCCCAAGCAGCUUUGAAACGGUCUUAUUCGCACUGUGUCGACGCUGGAACUAUGCUUUCAACAAUCACGUGUAGAUGAAUACUUAGUUACUGAGGCGCUGGCGUCGUUUGGCGGUCAAUUUGAAUAUUUUUUCUGCAUUCUCCAAUUAGUUUGUCAUACCCCACCUGUCUAAUACCGGGGUAAAAAAAUUCCACACAGCAUUACUGCUGAACGACGACAUGAUUCACGUCGUGAAACACAAAUUCCGAAUUAGAGAAAAGUAAACAAGUCGUGAGAUUAAGGUUAUAGAAGUACCGAGUCGCUAGAAAAAUGACGGACAACUCCUAUAUGCACAUAAAUAUGCAACGUAAACAAAACUUAAUACUCAUCAGUCAUAAUCAAUACAGUUAAUUUUCGUUCCUAUCUUUUACGGUUACCAGCGUUCCUACAGUCCGCAGUUCCUUAUUUUAUGAAUAAUCCUCGUAUUUUUUAUAUUUCUUUGAGAAUAUCAUUCUGUCUUAUAACCUAAAAACGUGACAUGAAGAUUUUUGAUUUGGAACUCUUGAAAAAGUACAGUGUAGUAUCUAGGACAUUUCUAAAUCAGAAUUAAGGUUCUUCUAAUUCAUAUUCAGCGCAUAUCCUGUUUUACUGUUUCCGGUACACAUCGGAAUAAAAUUUUCUUGGCUUUCAACAAUAAUGAAUUUGUGAAAUUAUAUUAAAAAAAAUCCAUAAUUAACAUCAUAUUGUUCAUUUGUUAAUGUCUGAAGUUAAAUAUUGAAUGAAACUAAAUAUUGAAAUGUACAUAAAUAUGAAUCUACAAAAUUUUAUCCCUAGAGAAGUUUUUAUAAUGUAAAUGCGUAACUUGUUUUUUAUUCAUACAGGUUGAUUCCAGUUAAUGUCGAAAUUUUUUGUUUAUUUCCCUUUAUUAUUUUUUACCUGCCAAUGAUUUUCCCGUCAUAUUUUGAUAUGUAGAAUCAGUUUAUACUCUUUUCUUGUUAUAAAUGUAGAUUUGUUUUAAAGUCUGUAUAUGUUUAAUCAUAAUAUAAUGACUUUAUAAGUA